AUGUCCGCCGCCGUUCAGACCGUCGAACUCACCGCCCGCACCGCGAUCGCGGGCAACUUCCGCAAGGCCACGACGCCGCGCGCCGCUGCCAAGGCGAACGUGAACGUCGUCACCGAGGCCAAGGUUAAGGUUGCCAUCAACGGUUUCGGCCGCAUCGGCCGUAACUUCGUCCGCUGCUGGAAGACCCGCGGCCCGGACUGCCCGCUCCAAGUCGUGUGCGUGAACCAAUCCGGUGGCGCCAAGCCGGCGGCGCACUUGCUCAAGUAUGACUCCAUCUUGGGCACGUUCAAGUCGGAUGUCAAGGUGAUUGACGACUCGACCAUCUCUGUCGACGGUGACGUCAUUAAGGUUGUCUCCGACCGUGACCCGCUCAACCUUCCGUGGAAGGAAAUGGGCAUCGACAUCGUCAUCGAAGGUACCGGUGUCUUCCUCGACGGUCCGGGCGCGGGUAAGCACAUCACCGCCGGCGCGAAGAAGGUUGUCAUCACCGCUCCGGCGAAGGGCAACGACAUCCCGACCUACGUCGUCGGUGUCAACGCCGACCAAUUUGACCCGAGCGCCAACAUCGUGUCCAACGCGUCGUGCACCACGAACUGCUUGGCGCCGUUCGCCAAGGUUAUCGACGACAAGUUCGGCAUCGUCAAGGGUACCAUGACCACCACCCACUCCUACACCGGUGACCAGCGCAUCCUCGAUGCGUCCCACCGUGACUUGCGCCGUGCCCGUGCCGCCGCCUUGAACAUUGUGCCGACCUCCACCGGUGCCGCCAAGGCUGUCGCGCUGGUGUUGCCGCAACUCAAGGGCAAGCUCAACGGCAUUGCGCUCCGCGUGCCAACCCCGAACGUCUCCAUCGUCGACCUCGUCGUCAACGUCGAGAAGAAGGGUGUCACUGCCGAAGAGGUCAACGCUGCCUUCAAGGAAUACGCCGACGGCCCGAUGAAGGGCGUGCUCGCGAUCACCGACACGCCGCUCGUGUCCGUUGACUUCCGAUGCACCGACGUCUCCACGACCAUUGACGCCGCGCUCACCAUGGUUAUGGGUGACGACAUGGUCAAGGUUGUCGCCUGGUACGACAACGAGUGGGGCUACACCCAACGUGUGGUUGACCUCACCCUCAUCGUCGCCAACAGCCUCAUCAACGAAGGCAGCGUGACCCUCGACCCGCUCGAUCAGCUCUGCUCCGACGACCCCUCGGCGGAUGAGUGCAAGGUGUUCGACAGCUAA